AGGCAAAACCAAUCUCUAGCGAUGGAAAUCACAGCAGUGUUUUAGAAGGGGCCUGAGGAUUGAUCUGGAAGGGGCGAAAGGGAACUUUCUGGGGUGACGGAAACAUUCUCUUUCUUGAUGGGGAUGUGAUGUGGGGCAGGCCGGAAGUGCGGGGAGCUAAUGCUCCCAGGAGCAGCCUUCAACCAGUGAUGGCCAGGAGUUGGCAGGAAGGCCGCUGCCUGUUUGUCAUCCUGCUCAUGGCGGUGUACUGGUGCACAGAGGCCCUGCCCCUCUCGGUGACGGCCCUGCUGCCCAUCAUCCUCUUCCCCUUCUUGGGCAUCCUGCCCUCCAGCAAGGUCUGCCCCCAGUACUUCCUGGACACCAACUUCCUCUUCCUCAGCGGGCUGAUCAUGGCCAGCGCCAUCGAGGAGUGGAACCUGCACCGAAGGAUCGCCCUCAAGAUCCUCAUGCUCGUUGGGGUCCAGCCAGCCAGGCUCAUCCUGGGGAUGAUGGUGACCACCUCCUUCCUGUCCAUGUGGCUGAGCAAUACUGCCUCCACCGCCAUGAUGCUGCCCAUUGCCAGCGCCAUCCUGAAAAGUCUCUUCAGCCAGAAGGAGGCUCAGAAGGACCUCAACUGGCAGAGUGAUGAGAAUGCAGUGGCUGUGCGGAGGAACGGCCUGCACCCCGUGCCCACGGAGAUGCAAUUUCUUGCCAGCACAGAAGACAAAGACUGCCCUGAGGCCGAGGCUCCAUUGGACCUUGUGGCAGACUGCAAGAAGGAGGAGGAGUAUCGCAGAAACAUCUGGAAGGGCUUCCUCAUCUCCAUCCCCUACUCAGCCAGCAUUGGGGGUACUGCCACCCUCACGGGCACGGCCCCCAACCUCAUCCUUCUAGGCCAGCUCAAAAGUUUCUUCCCACAGUGCGAUGUGGUGAAUUUCGGCUCCUGGUUCAUUUUCGCCUUCCCUCUCAUGGUGCUGUUCCUGUUGGUGGGCUGGCUGUGGAUCUCCUUCCUGUACGGGGGAAUGACCCUGAGGGGCUGGAGGAAGAAGAAAUCCGAGAUCAAAACUGAUGCCGAAGACAGGGCUCGCGCUGUGAUUCGGGAGGAAUUCCAGAACCUGGGGCCCAUCAAGUUUGCUGAACAGGCCGUGUUCACCCUUUUCUGCAUGUUUGCCAUCCUCCUCUUCUCCCGGGAUCCGAAGUUCAUCCCUGGCUGGGCCAGCCUCUUCACCCCUGGGUUUCUUUCCGAUGCUGUCACCGGAGUGGCCAUUGUCACCAUCUUGUUCUUCUUCCCAUCCCAAAGGCCCUCUUUCAAGUGGUGGUUUGACUUUAAAGCUUCCAACGCAGAGACAGAGCCCUUGCUGACGUGGAAGAAGGUCCAGGACACCGUGCCUUGGAACAUCAUCCUUCUCCUGGGAGGCGGCUUUGCCAUGGCCAAAGGCUGUGAGGAGUCGGGACUGUCCGCGUGGAUCGGUGGGCAGCUGCACCCCCUGGAGAGCGUGCCCCCUGCGCUGGCUGUGCUGCUCAUCACUGUCGUCAUCGCCUUCUUCACCGAGUUUGCCAGCAACACGGCCACGAUCAUCAUCUUCCUGCCAGUCCUGGCGGAGCUGGCCAUCCGCCUGAGAGUGCACCCCCUGUACCUGAUGAUCCCCGGCACAGUCGGCUGCUCCUACGCCUUCAUGCUCCCCGUCUCGACGCCCCCCAACUCCAUUGCCUUCGCCUCUGGACACUUGCUGGUCAAAGACAUGGUGCGGACAGGCCUCCUGAUGAACCUGUUAGGUGUCCUGCUGCUCAGCCUGGCCAUGAAUACUUGGGCACAGACCAUCUUCCAGCUGGGCACCUUCCCGGACUGGGCUGACAUCCACUCAGCCAACAUCACAGCACUGCCGUCUGCCUUGGCCAACGACACAUUUCGGACCAUUUGA